AGAGACGCUGGGAGAGGACUCUCACACACUCAUCACACACUCCCCACGCACAUAAGCAACGCACACUCUGAGAGAAGAGACGCACAAAGCUCCGCAGCUCAGCUCUGAUAUUCUGGGUCCUUUUCUCUCAGCGCCAGAAGACGGAAAAAGUUUCCACGCAGAGAGGGGAGGACAGGAGCCAGAAAAAACGCACAGCCGCUGCUUCGGUACCGCUUCUGCAUGCGUCCUGGAAGUUGAAGGUUUCCUCCGUUUUACGCUCUCGGCUGCGGGAUCUCAUCUUGUAGGGGUCCUUUUUCUUAUUUUGUGCACAAAAUAACGGGCAGUUAUUGUGCUGGUAAAAACUGAAGAGGAGGAAGAAGAGGAAUAAAGAAAAGGAAGAGGGUCCAAACCAGGGCGCGCCAAGGGGGCCAAACACUCACCAGGUAUGGCGGCGGUGUUGCCGAGAACCCUGGGCGAGCUGCAGCUCUACAGGAUCCUGCAGCGAGCUAACCUUCUUUAUUACUACGAGGCUUUCAUCCAGCAGGGCGGCGAUGACGUGCAACAGCUGUGUGAGGCUGGUGAGGAAGAAUUUCUAGAGAUCAUGGCCCUCGUUGGUAUGGCCAGCAAGCCACUGCAUGUGCGGCGCCUGCAGAAGGCAUUGCGGGACUGGGUCACCAACCCGGCUAUCUUCAACCAGCCGCUCACCUCACUGCCCGUCUGCAGCAUCCCCGUCUACAAGCUGCCAGAGAGUUCCCCCACGCUGCUCAGCGCUCAGGACCGCACCAACACCGCCAGUGUUAAGAUUCCCAAAGCUAUUGCUGCCGCUUGCUCCGACCCCGGGAAGCUGGACGUGGCGAGAGAUAAAGUUUCAACCGGAUCGCCCUUGCAGGGAAGCAGCGAGGCUCGGUUCUGGUCAGGCCACAGCAACGACAGCGAGCACAGCUUGUCUCCAUCAGAUCUCGGCUCGCCCUCUUCCCCCAGAGACGCGAUGGAAGCCUUGGACGCUGCGGCAGUGCAGUCGGUCCUAGAGUGUGUGGACAGGAUGACACCUGGACUUCCUAAGACGGACCUGGCUGAGGUCAAAGAGCAGCUGAAGAACAACAAGAAACUGGCAAAGAUGAUCGGACACAUCUUUGAAAUGAGCGACGACGAUCCGCGGAGGGAGGAGGAGAUCCGGAAGUACAGCGCCAUCUACGGACGCUUUGACUCAAAGAGGAGGGACGGCAAACACCUGACACUGCAUGAGCUGACGGUGAAUGAGGCCGCAGCUCAGCUCUGCAUGAGGGACAUGGCUCUGCUGACGCGCCGGGACGAGCUGUUCGGACUCGCCCGGCAGAUUUCCAGAGAGGUCACCUACAAAUACACCUACCGCACCAGCAAGUCUCGGUGUGGAGACAGAGACGAACCGUCCCCUAAAAGGAUUAAAACUGAGGAGAACUUCUUUGACAUCCAGGAGGCGCUACAGGCCAUUCACAUGAGGCAGGAGAUGUUGAGGGAGCAGCUGGCCUGCGCCAAGUCGAAAGGAGAGGAGACGGUUGGGCGCAACCUGCAGAUGCAGCUGGAGCGUCUGCUGGCGAGGCAGAUGGAGAUCCUGCAGGAUGCCGCCGUGCAGGAGCGGCUCCAGGCUCUGGACUGGAGGAUCCCGCCCGCUGCAUUGAAGUACCUCAAUGACGCCCAAAACACCAACGGAGCCGCCGCUGCUGAUUUAAGCAGGGAAAGCCAAGAUGAUCGACCAAUCAACCUGCGAGUGGUCAGUCAGAGCAUGCAGGAGGGCGACCUCCCAUUGGGCAAGCAGCUAGCCAAUGAGCUAAAGCGCCAUCAUAACCACAACCAUAACCACAACAACAAUAACAACUGCAGCAGCACAGAUGAGACCAAAACACCAGCAACAGAAAACGGGGUGUCACAGCGGGCGCCCAGCAACACAGAGAAGAAGAUCAUCAAAUCAGAACCAGAAGACUCCACAUAGUGCCUCCUGCAUCUCCAUCAACCCACCCUCUUCAUUCUACUCUCACUUGAUAGUAUGCAGUUAUCACCCAUCAAUAGAUACUAAGCAAGCACAGCCACAGUAGAGCCUUAACAACCAACGUUGCCUCAUGAAUAGCAUUUAUUUUAAUUUGUCUCUUUGUUUUUAAAAGUAUUUGCCAAAGCACCCAGAGAGCUCAUCAGGAAGCCCCUCAGUGCUCUGCAGGUCUUUUUUGUUUUUAUUUGAUGUACAUGUAAUUUAAACUCUGUACCUCUGCCUGGGAGUUGCUUUCUGUGGUUUCUGGCUGUGCUGCCAGAGCCUGAAUCUUAACUCCAGUCUUACUGUGGAGGCUGAAGCAUUGGUUUGUGUUGAUGCAUUUAGCAAUUUCUAUUUAAAAAUCGUGUUGCAAACUUGAUCUGCUUGUUAAAAUUCACAAUGUUGUAGUGCUCAUUGGGGUGUUCAGUGCAAAGGUCCCUAAAUCAAUCUUAUCUUCGUACUGAGAGUCAAUCAUUAACACAUCCAUAAUGGAUUUUUAAUGCUCCUGUAAUGUCUUAGGACUCUCAGUUUGCAUACAGGUGUUUGCUGGUAUAUGUAAGCAGAGGGUGGCGGAAACAGAGGACUAAGUACUGUAAGGAGGAAGAGAUAAGGUGCAGCCCUGCAGCGGGUUCUCAUUUUUUAACUUUUGUGUCUUUUUCUUCACACGGUCGCACAUAUGAGGCGGGACUGACCUCUGCGCCCUCGAUCCUGUCUCAUGUAAAUUUAUGGCAGGUAAUUUAUGAAAAGGAUGUACAGGAGUUGUUGUGGAUCAGCAGCAGCAAACAGGGGAACCUUUGCUGCUCCGUUUCACUUUGUAAUUUAGCAAAACACUGCUGUUGGAAGAGAAACCGUGCUUCUGCAUGCAGGGAGCGUUUCAGGAAUAAAGAUGCCUGUGUGCUUUUGAGGAAAAAAAGUUUCUGAGGAUGCAGUAAAAUAAUUAAAGCUCACAGGUUUGUGGGUUUUUGUUGCAGCGGCUGCAAGAUACAACAAAAUGAAAGAAGUUUAUUGCUGUUGUUGAAGCAGCAGCUUGUAAAUAUAACAAAUAGCCUAAUCUGUCAGCCAGGGUUUUCUGUGUCCAGUGUAACUUUGCUGUAGAUUUUUGGUGUCUAUACAGUGUUCAUGUAUGUGGAGCUACAACAGAAAAAAGAAAUCUUAAUUGUCACUAAGGAAAAAACGUGUCUGGUAUAUAAGGACCUGCUUUUAGCCUUAGCUCUAAUGGUGUUUAAUGGCCAUCUGUGCAGAUUUCAAACUUGUUCUUGAUGUUUAGAUGUAGAAACAUGACAGCUGUUUGUUUUUUUUCUGUGUGUAAAUACAUCUGUUUGACCCCCUGCACAUAGUUUAGUCUCAGAGAGAUCAAUGCAAUAUUUAUGUAAGUAAUAAGUGUAUUUGCAUCCUAAAUGCAUUGUUUUGGUCAUGUGCUCAGUAACUGUAUGUCUGUCACCAGGGUUGGGACCUUCUGGGAGAUCUUUGUGUUGUCUUUUAGUGCAUCCAGCACUCUGUCUGUAUUUAAAAAGCUCUGCAGGUUAGCGAUGACUCCACGUCUCAUUGGAUUUUUGAGAGCGGUCGCAUGUCGUCUCACUGAUCACUGUUUUUUUACUGUUUCACUGUUCUGUUCUUUUAAAGUGAUAGAUUAGGCUUUCACCCAGUUAUGCACCUGUUUUUUAAACACUAAUAUAUUUUAUUUGUUAUACAGCACAUAAACAUUAAACUUUAUUUUUUGAACUCUA